GUCGAACAAAAAGCAGAUUUGAGCCCGUCAAAUGGCUGUUCAAUACAGCUACAUCUUCCUCCUUGUGUUUUUUUUACAGUUUUGUAAUCGUGAAAGCAGUAGGAGAGGUAUCUGGAAGCUCGGAAAAUGCUUCGGGGACUAAUAUUCCGUCAUUUACAUUCAAGAUAAACAAGUAAGACGUGUGAAGUGUUUGUUUAGCAAAAUAAAUACCUUUUUUGGCUAGUUUGCGGGUUUUUCGUUUGAUAAGAUUCGUCCUUUGAAAUUUCGUUGCAGCCUUCUAAUCUAUACAGUCUCAAAGGAAAGGGAAAAGGAAGAUGGAGAAAAUUAUCAGUCGGUUCUCUUGGCCAUCAUCAACAAAGUGUUAGAUCAAUCAGGCAUACACGCCAUAAUAAUAAAUAGCCGCAUUUUAGAAGUUUUCCGGAAAAAAAUAUUCUGCCCAGAGAAAGUAGUCAAGAAAGCAAGUAAGUGUGGCGGAAGGCAAUUAAAUGCACUUCUCACAAAGUUGAGAACCGGUCGUUGCUAUUCAUUUAAGGUGUAUUAUAACGAGGUUGAUGUGGUUCAGCUAAAAGAUGAAAACAGCAAGUUAAGGGGAGAGAAAAGAGUUUUAGAGGAAUCACUAGUACAGGAGAAGGCAAAGCGAUUGCAAGGUGAUAAAAAGCCCAAGAAGCUCUCGAGAAAGCUGAGAAAAAAAGGGGCCUUCUACGAGAAAAAUUUUGUGCAAUUGGCCAAAAAAGUGAUCAAAAAUGGGAAGAAAGGUAGAGGCCCUUCUGACAAGAAGUUUCAUGAUUAUUCCAAGCACCACCAGAAGAGAAUGAAAAACCAGUUGAAGGAAGAAUGCCAAACCACAUUGUCCUUUCUUGGGCUCUACAAUUUUAUUGCUACCAAAAUUGAAGUGCUUAACACCGAUAAUAAUCAAUAUGAAACUUUCAAUCUUGUUGGGGAGGGAGAACUGACAUUCACAGAUUCUGACCCAAAGGAACUUACUAAUGAUGACCUUGAUAACAUAAAUAUGUGGCUGUAUCUGAAAGAUAAGUUCAAUAUUUCAAAUGAGGCCUGGCAUGAAAUUGCCAUGAAAGCCAAUGGUGUUCUCAAUACCUAUUCCAUCAAGAAGCGAAUCAAGGAACUAAACAGUAAGUGGAACCUGAAACCAACUCCAGGAGAUACUGAGGGUGUUCAGUUAGGAUUUUCUGACAGUUUGCAAGAACACAUUGUGAAGCUUCAGCAAACUGGAGAGAUCAAAGAUGGGGAAACUAUUAAGAUCAAACUUAGCGGUGAUGGAACAAAUAUCAGAAAGAGGCUUACAGUUGUCAAUUUCACUUUUACUAUUCUGAAUGAAAAGGAACUGGCAAUGGGUGAGAAAGGUAAAUAUGUACUUGCUCUUAUAAAAACUACAGAGACAUAUGAUCAUAUAAGAGAGAGCCUUGCU